AUUUCAUUAUAUAAUUUAUAUUUUAGUGAAAUUCCCUUCCUGAAGCUUUUAUUUUGAAGGUUUUGACAGGAUUAUGUUGAUCACCACCCAUACGAAAGUCCACAAAACGGAAGAUUCCUUUCUGAACGACACGAUGGCAAAUGAGGCGAGACCUUGUCCAUGUGAUAUUGGGGACCGGAUGGAGUACGGGGGACUCGGCCAGGAGAUCCUGAUUGAGCAUUUAAAAGUAUAUUUGGUGAAACCAUCCACUGUUUCUGAGAAGGCUGUUAUUGUCAUCCAAGACAUAUUUGGGUGGCAGCUUCCCAACACCAGAUACAUGGCAGAUAUGCUGGCUGCCAAUGGAUACAUGGCUGUUUGCCCAGAUUUCUUCCUCGGAAAGGAACCGUGGAGCCCAUCCCAUGACUGGUCUACAUUUGCUGCAUGGCGUGAGGACAAAAAGCCAACCGACAUCAAUAAAGAGGUGGAUGUGUUGCUGGGGUUCCUGAAGGAGAAAUGUGGCGCCAAGCACAUCGGAGUGGUGGGCUUCUGCUGGGGCGGGAUUGCCACACAUCAUGUGACCCUGCACUACCCUGAAGUCAAAGCUGGAGUGUCAUUCUAUGGGAUAAUCCGAGAGGGAGAGGACAGGUAUCAACUGAAGAGUCCAACCUUGUUUAUAUUUGCAGAGAAUGAUACCAUCAUCCCAUUGGAUCAGGUGAGCGGUCUGCAAGCAAAGCUGCAGGAGAAAUGCACAGUGGAUUACCAGGUGAAGAUCUUUCCCGGACAAAGCCAUGGGUUCGCACACCGAAAGAAAGAGGACAUCAGCCCUGUAGACGAACCAAGAAUACAAGAGGCGAGAGUGGAUAUGAUCAACUGGCUAAACAAAUACAUUUAAAUCAAUGCAAGAUGUGAUGUCAAAUAUGAGAGGAUUGGUGCAGGAAUUAGUGCCUUUGGACAGUGUGACUACAUGUAAAGUUGGGCCAUUUUUGUGCAAUGUUGGGACACGUUUGUUGGGAGGUUAAAUGAAAUUAAAAAUCUGUCCACAAACAUCAAAAUUGCUUAAAUGCAUAAAUUAUAUAGGGCGCUUUGGGUGUGGGCCAAUAAUACCUUCUGUUGGAAAAUACAUUGUCCAAAAAUUAUUGCCAAUAAAUGUUGUUCGCAUUAUAUUGACAUCUAAUCAAACACUAAUAUAAUCAUAAUAUACAUAAAAAGCAGUUGCUCCUUACAAAUGAAAUAAGUAAACAAAAAUAGAAGGAACUCUUAAUCUGUUAGCAAAAAGUUCAAAUAAAUAAUGAACAUCUUAUAAAAACUAAGUCAGGUGUUUAUGUUGUUGCUAUCACUUUCCAAAACAUUCAGCAUACUUGCUCAUUCAUUCACAUUGGUGGGCUCAUCUUGCUCACUGUUUGAAGCUGAAACACAUAUUUGGCUACACGAUCAUAUUUUUUCCUCCUUUGUGUUACCUCUCAGUCCUUCACACAAGAAAGUAGUGAGGCUUUGCCUGUGUACACUGUGUUUGAGCUAGCGGUCUUGCCUCCACCCACAGACAUUGACUGAGGAUAACAGACAUGAGGAUUCACUCGGUUCAUUUAAGUCUACUGAAUAAAUGCACUCAGGCGCUGAGAGCGAUGCAAAAAGUAAACCCUCCUGCACACUGAUUGAAAGUUGAAGAUGAAGAAAACACUUUAUCGAUAACAGAAAAGUUAGAGGCAAACGUGGCGGUCCAAUUUUCUUUGUGUCCGUCACUAGUGUCCAUUUAAUUCUAAAUACCGCAAAGUAUGAACCGACAGUAGUUCAAGUGACUUAUAUUGAAAUAUGCAUGUGGGAGAAAUGUAUGCUUUAUAAAUAGUGCAUUUUGCGAAAUGAUGGCACAAAAUAAACCAAUAGAUGCUCAAAAUUUGCACAGACCAACAUUUUAAUGGCAAGUUUCAUACUAGAACAGCAAUUUUGUCAAAUGAUAAAUAGCAGUAAGCAGUGCGGUGUUCAAGAAGUGCCUACAAGCUCUAGGACAGCUCAGACUUGUUAUUACCGCUUUCUAGAACACAGCCGAGCCUGCAAGGGAGUUCAAGGACAAGGUGGGGUUUUAGUCCUCGCACUCUCCCGGGCUUCGGAUGUCAUCGAUCUUGAGGAUCAUCUUGACGACCUGAGUGGCCAGCAAGAUCUGCUGCUUUUUGCCGAUGAGGGUCUCGAUCACGUGCUGCUGCUUCAUGUCUGCGUUAAAGUAGAAAGCGUUUUAGCGGUGAAGUGUUGAAAUGAAGAGAUGAUUUGAUGCGGCUGCUCACCAUUAGUGUGUUUGUGGAGACAGUCGAUGCCCAAGUAGGGGUUGUUGUCUCGGACCUGUCUGGCUCGGACCUCGGUCAUCGUUUGGAUGGGGUUCAGGCCGCUGUUCUCCGCCAGCGCCAUUGGGAUGACUUCUAAGGCAUCUGCAAAUGACCUCAUUGCAUACUGCUCCAAGGAAGGGCACUUGAAAUAACACAUAACAUAAAAAGUUAAAGACUGAUAUUGCCAUAUAUUGCUUAUUCUAGGAACUGUUUGACACUUUACCUUGUCUGCAGCCUGAUUGACAGCCAAAGCACAAGCUAUCUCGGAGGCUCCUCCUCCAUAAACAACACGAUUAUCUCUGACCAGGUUGCGAAUUACGCAAAGAGCAUCAUGGAGUGCACGCUUGGCCUCUUCAAUGAUCUAAUAAGGCAGACAGCGCACAGGAGUAAACCAAAACCAUCCCCCUCAAAUCAUAAUUAUUAUACAUCUUACCAUCUUGUUGCCUCCACGGACAAAUAUGGUCACAGCCCUGGUGUUCUUGCAGUCCUGGAUGACCAGCAUGUGAUCCUUUGUGGUGCCGAAGGAGAUCUCUUUCACUAAGCCAGCAGUGCCCAGUUUCUCUGGAGUCAACUCAGAGAACCUGGGCACAAUGCGACCCCCUGUGGCGAUGGCGAUCAAC